CAAACUGAAUUACGGGGGUCUCCUUUUGUUGGUCCAUAAUGACGAGACUAUCCCCACGCUGCCGUGUCCACUGCUCCACCGCUUCUCUUCCUUGUGGCUUGAGCUGCUCCACAAAUAACACGCCAAUCUCAUUCCUUUGAUUUUUCAACUUUCAACGUCAAAUUUCGAUUCAGUAAAAUUUCAGUUCCUAACGCACUCGCUCGCAGGUUCAUUACUUGGCCAGACAGACAGACAAAAAAAUGUUACGAUAACGUGUUGCGCUUGUUGUGGGUUUGGAAUUGGAUUCAUUCAAACGAGUUAACAACAUGCUCAGAUCACUGCCGAAGCUCUCACUCCUCUUUUCCUCAGCUAGGAAUCCCCAUUAUCUGGCAAGUGUUCAGCGUUUCAUAUCUGUAGGGAGAAGAGCAGCUUCAAGAGUCAAGAUUGGAGUGGCAAGCACUGUUCCUAUACGAUCCAUGUCUACUUCAACAAUUUCAUCAGCAAUUACAUCAGAAACGGCUGCAGAAGAUCAAGUUCAAAGGGUUAACCUACUAAGAUCAACUGAUGACAAUUAUGAUGGUGUUAUUGUGGAACUGGAUCAGCCUAUGGAUUCUACUACGUUCAUCUCGAUCCUUAGAGCUUCAGUUUCUCAUUGGAAGAAGCUGGGCAAGAAGGGUGUUUGGAUAAAGUUACCUAUUCAUUUAGUCAAUCUGGUUGAAGCUUUAGUUAAGGAGGGUUUUUGGUAUCAUCAUGCAGAACCAAAAUAUUUAAUGCUUGUAUAUUGGAUUCCAGAAAGUCCAAGUACUAUUCCUGCAAAUGCCACACACAGGGUGGGCAUUGGUUCAUUUGUCAUGAAUGAAAAACAAGAGGUCCUAGUUGUUCAAGAGAAUAGUGGACUAUUUCAAGGAACUGGAGUCUGGAAAUUCCCUACUGGAGUUGUUGAUCAGGGAGAAGAUAUUUGUGUAGCAGCAGUAAGAGAGGUCAAAGAAGAAACAGGGGUUGAUUCAGAAUUUGUGGAAGUAUUAUCAUUCAGACAAAGUCAUAAUUCGUUCUUUGAGAAGUCAGACUUAUUCUUCGUGUGCAUGUUGCGGCCUCUUUCUUCUGACAUCAAAACACAGAGACUAGAGAUUCUGAAUGCACAGUGGAUGCCAUUUGAGGAAUAUGCAGCUCAGCCAUUCAUCCAAAAGAGUGAGCUUUUGAAGUACAUAAAUGAUACAUGUUUGGCAAAGAUGGGUGGACAAUACUCUGGAUUUUCUUCUGUACCUACGUCAUCAAACUUUUCUGACCAAAAGAAUUACUUGUACUUGAGUGCUGGGGCCUUAAAGAGCUCCUAUUCUUCAUAAGCAUCAUCAAAGGGUACACAACUAGAAAGGACAUUCAAUUAAUUUGUAUUAUUUGAUUCAUUAUGUGAACAAUGUCUGUCUUCAAGAGGGAAGUUAAUGUAAUUUUACCAUAAGUAUAGGCUUUGCCAUUUGAAAGCAAAUUCAGUGAUAAGAACAUUUAGUUGCUGUCAAGGACGGUUAGAGAAAAGUUAGACAUUCAA